AGAGUCACCGGCCGGCCACCGCGAGGCACCACCGCCCGUGCGGCGAGGCAACUCUCGGAAGGGAAAUAGAAAUAGCUACGCGGCCGCCUAUCCUACUGCCGCCUCGCACCUUUCGCGCUUCAACCUCCACAUCGUCUUCCAGCUCGCGGCCGCCCGUCCGGUAGAUCUAGGAUUCGGGUCCGCAGUGCCGGUGGUCGAAGGGCGACGGCGAGGGGGGAGGAGUCCACGCGUGCGAGGAGAGGAUGGGGAGCCUCCAGGGCGGACUCGACGAGCAGAUCGAGCAGCUCAUGCAGUGCAAGCCCCUUGCCGAACCCGAGGUGCGGGCACUGUGUGAGAAAGCUAAAGAGAUAUUGAUGGAGGAAAGCAAUGUUCAGCCUGUGAGAAGUCCUGUUACUAUAUGUGGUGAUAUUCAUGGGCAGUUUCAUGAUCUCGCAGAACUAUUCCGAAUUGGUGGAAAGUGCCCUGACACAAAUUACCUAUUUAUGGGAGAUUAUGUGGACCGUGGUUACUAUUCUGUUGAAACUGUAUCGGUACGACUACCAAUCAUGCCUCGUCCUUUAGCAGUACUUGAAAGCUUAAGUGCUAACUUCGUGUUUGAAAUCAAACAGCUCUUGGUAGCCUUAAAAGUCCGUUAUCCACAGCGAAUUACGAUUCUUAGAGGAAACCAUGAGAGCCGACAGAUCACUCAAGUUUAUGGAUUUUAUGAUGAGUGCUUGCGGAAGUAUGGAAAUGCUAAUGUAUGGAAAACCUUUACGGACCUCUUUGACUAUUUUCCCUUGACAGCAUUGGUUGAGUCGGAGAUAUUUUGCUUGCAUGGUGGACUAUCACCAUCCAUCGAGACUCUUGAUAGCGUUCGUAGCUUUGAUCGUGUCCAAGAAGUUCCCCAUGAGGGGCCUAUGUGUGAUCUUCUAUGGUCUGAUCCUGAUGAUCGAUGUGGGUGGGGCAUUUCACCUCGUGGCGCAGGAUAUACCUUUGGCCAGGAUAUAUCAGAACAAUUUAACCAUACCAAUAACCUUAAACUGAUAGCAAGAGCUCAUCAGUUAGUUAUGGAGGGAUUUAACUGGGCACAUGAACAAAAGGUGGUGACAAUAUUCAGCGCACCUAAUUACUGUUACCGCUGCGGUAACAUGGCCUCAAUCUUGGAGGUGGAUGAUUGCAGGGAGCAUACUUUCAUCCAGUUUGAGCCAGCUCCAAGGAGAGGAGAGCCUGAUGUGACUCGAAGAACACCUGACUAUUUCUUGUAAUGUAGCUUAGGUUGCUACUGCUAUGUCAGUAGAUAUGUGAUAGUUAGAUGUGGUUUGGGCUGUGAUAAUCUUUUUUCUUUAGAUCUGGUGCAUUCAUACCUGGCUGUGAUAUGUUCAUUUUGGGCUUGUGUGGUGCCGUUCCUGGAAAAUGCCUAAUAUUAUAAGCAGCAAACAAACAACUUUGUUUUGGUUUUGUUAGAUGAGCAACAUGCAAUGAUAAUCUUGCACCCUUGUCAA